UGUUUAUUUUAGUUUUUCCUGCUCGGGUCCCGGGCCUGAGAUUAUCCCUGGAUCGGGAUUUAUUGCGGGGCUUUCCGCCCUUUCCAGCCGGUGUACGCGCGGCCAGACACCCGCCUGCUCUCAUUCUCCGAGGAGGGAGUCACUCCCUCACCCUCCACCCGCCUCGGUCUCUCCCUCACUCGGCUGAUAGGGAGGGAGUCACUCCCUCACCCUCCAUCCGCCUCUCCCUCUUCCGGCUGAUAGGGAGGGAGUCACUCCCUCACCCUCCACCCGCCUCUCCCUCAAUCGGCUGAUAGGGAGGGAGUCACUCCCUCACCCUCCACCCGCCUCGGCCUCGCCCACCCUCGGCUAAAGCAGAUUUGACAGCCCGUCUCCCUCAGCCUGAGCGGAGAUGUCGGAUGCCGGGCCGCCUGCAGUGGAACCCGGGCCCAAUUCGGAGAAUCUGUACGUGAUCGUGGACUGCAACUCGGAUCUCCUCAAUCUGCUGAGUGUGAACUCGGUGCAGCCGGAAUCGGGAAUUGUUGCUGACAUUGACGUCAGUGAAUUUCUGUACCCUAAAAGUUCUGAAAAUUUCUACAAAUUGAAAAGCCAGCCUAUCAGCAACAGUUCCUCCUCUCAACCGGACAAGGUGAAACAGGUUGCUCCCACCAUGACGUCCCGGGUGCUGCUGCGGCAACAGCUGAUGCGAGAGCAGACACAGGAACAGGAGAGGAAGGAGCAGCAGGCGGCUGCCCAGCUCAUGCAAGAGCGGGCCUCUGCCAACCAGUCCCGUGCCAUCAACGUAAAUGGACCCCUGGGGCUUCCCGCCAAGGCACAAGUCCCGAUGGAGAUCCUGAAGGUGCAGACCCAUUUGGAGAACCCUACCAAGUACCACAUCCAGCAGUCUCAGCGGCAACAGGUGAAACAGUACCUAUCGACCACUAUGGGAGGCAAGGCUGCCAGCCAGGCUCUGGCUGGGUCGCACUCCCCAGGGCCUGGGGAGCAGGCAGUGCCUCGUGCAGCGGGCAGUACCCCAAACAGUCCCAUGGCACUGCUCAAAAUCGGCUCCAACCCAGAGAAGGAGAUGGAUGAUGUCAUUGAUGAGAUCAUCAGCUUGGAAUCGAGCUACAAUGAUGACAUGAUGGGAUUGGUCGACUCGGUCCUCCAGAUGCCCAAUACCUUACCGGUGUCGGGGAACUUGCUGAACGUCUACACUACACAAAAUCUGACUAACGCGACAGUCACCAUCAGCAACUCGUGUCCGGCCAACCUGCCCAACAGAAAAGAAAGCUCAGAUGUUGAUGUCAAAGCUUUAAUUAAAGAACGACAGAAGAAAGACAAUCACAAUCUCAUUGAGCGAAGACGAAGAUUCAAUAUCAAUGAUCGGAUCAAAGAGCUGGGGGCCAUGAUACCAAAAUCCAAUGACCCUGAGGCUCGCUGGAACAAGGGCACAAUACUGAAGGCUUCCGUCGACUACAUCCGGAAGCUGCAGAAGGAGAGCAACCGUUCAAAGGAACUGGAGAUCCGGCAGAAGAAAUUGGAGCAUGCGAACCGGAACUUACUGCUGCGGAUACAGGAAUUGGAGAUCCAGGCCCGGGUUCAUGGCCUGUCGCUUAGUUCCCCCUCGGGCCUCAACACUGCCCAGCUGGCAGCCCAGGUCAUCAAACAGGAGCCCCAGCCCAGCCUGCAGAGUGGAGAGCCCUCGCAGCUGCCCAGCCUCCCCCAAGCAGCAGGCCCGAACUUGGGCCUUGGCCUUGGCCUGGACCUGGGGCUGAUUGACCAGUCACUUGCCUUUGACUCCCUGGCUGACUUGCCUUUCCCGUUGAAGCUGGACUCUGGCCUGGGUGACAUCCUGAUGGACGACUCGCUGUCCCCAGUGGGAGCCGCUGAUCCGCUGCUCUCCUCGGUCUCACCCGGUGCUUCGAAGGGCAGUAGUCGUCGCAGCAGCUUCAGCAUGGAGGAGGAACCGGGAUGUUAAAGAGACCACCUUCUAGAAACUUCCAGACAUGUCAGCAACCUUCUAGAGACUUCCAGAGCUUUCAGUGACCUUCUAGAAACUUAUAAAAACAUCAACCUUUUUCUCUCCUUUCAAUGGUUUUAUUUUUUAAAAAUGCUUUUUUUCCCCCUGUUUAUCUUACUUUUAUUCUAGUGAACUUGAAUCUGUGGAGAGACCGGGAAUCGAACCCGAAGUCAAACAAACAGAGGAUCUCUCUUAAGAUGAUCUUUCAAAGGGAAAGUGUGCUUGAUGAUGAUGAUUUUUUUGGCUGGUGCUGUUUGGGGAUGGGUGACUCUGGAUCGAUGUCGUCACUGCGACCAUCCUCUCGUCCCACGGCAGGGUUUCAUUUGGUGGCUGCCUGGCCCUUUCUUGACCAUGCAACUUCCCAGCUGCCCCCCAUCCACCCACCCAACUGCUCCUCCUCCUCCACACAUUCUGAAGCAGCAAGGACCAGCUCCACCCCCAGCCUGUUAGCUGAUCUCAACCAGUCUCUCCUGAACCCCAACCACCCCGGGUCCCUGCUUCUUAACCGUGUCCAGUGAACGUCCUGGCUGGGCUGUGAUUUCUCUUCAAGUCAUAAGAGUUUAAGAAAUAGGAGCAGGAUUAGGCCACUCAGUCUCUUGAACCCUCUCCAACCGCUAUUCAGUAAUUAAGUCAUGGCUGAUCUAUGGUGACUUCGACUCCACUUUCCCUGCCUGCCAGCAGUAACCCUCGACUCCCAUGUUGAUUAAAAGUCUGCCUAACUCAGCCUUCAAUAACCCAGCCUUCACUGCUUCCUGAGGAAGAGAAUUCCACAGACUAAUGACCCUCCAAGAAGAAAUUCCUCCUCAUCUGCGUUUUCAGUGGGAGACCCCUUAUUCUGAAACUCUGCUCCCCUGGUUCUAGAUAGCCCCAUGUGGGGAAACAACCUCUCAGCAUCCACCCUAUCCAGUCCCCUCAGAAUCUUCUAUGAUUCAAUAAGGUCACCUCUCAUCUAAAUUCCACUGGGCAUAAGGUCAACUUACUUUCUUCGUAAGACAAGCCAUUCAUUCCAGGAAUCAGCUGAGUGAAUCUUCUCUGGAUUGCUUCCAAUGCAAGCAUGUCCCUCACUAAGUAAGGAGACCAAAAUGUGCCUGUUUACCCUGGAACUCAAUGGGGCUUAGGCGUGAAGACGAGACACACGGGUGAGUGAGUGAAAUUUGUAUCCCAGCUUUAGAGUGGUGGGGGGAGGGGCAGAAAAAGUCUGCUAACCUUUCCCUGCCCCUCCCCCCCACCGGUGUUUACUAACCAACUGGACCCAUGGACUGCAGCUAUACCAGCAUGAGUGAUGCGGGGAUUAUAUAGUGACUGUAAGUGAGGAUUUCUACUUUUAACGAGCAAAGAAUCAUUUUCAUUAUGUCAAUGCCUGAAUAUGACGUUUAUUCAGCUAGAUCCGUUUAAUAAACUUUUAUACUCGAACCAAAA